AUGAUUACCGAGAAAUGUCACGAGUUCAAUAUAGAGCUAUGUGCCGUUUUCGUCGAUUUCAAGAAGGCCUUCGAUAGCGUGGAACUUCCAAUGAUAUGGAAAGCGUUGGAGUAUUUUGGUGUGGAGGAGAACUUGAUAAUGGCCAUACAACUGCUGUAUGCACACAGUACCGCUGCCGUCAGAAUAGCGAACCAACUAGCAGAGUUCAAUCUGCAGCGGGGUCAUGAUAGUCGACGAUGUUGCUUCCGUACCACGACCGUCAGCACUAUGGCGUAA